UUCCUGUUUGGGUUUCAAAGCGGAAAUGAACUGUGGAGCUGUGACCGACUCUUCCUCUGCGAACAUUUAGCGUCGACUUGAUUUUUAACACAACAAUCGCACAACAUGUCGGAAACCGGUAACCGGCUCCGGAAGCUGCUCGAAUCGCCGAACUUCGAGCCGCAGAACUACGUGAAGCAGCUGUCGCAACAGUCCGACGGCGACCGAGACCUGCAGGAGCACCGGCAGAAGAUCCAGAACCUGGCGGACGAGACGGCGCAGAACCUGAAGAAGAACGUCUACAAGAACUACAGGCAGUUCAUCGAGACGGCCAAGGAGAUCUCCUACCUGGAGAGCGAGAUGUACCAGCUGAGCCACAUCCUCACCGAGCAGAAGAGCAUCAUGGAGAGCAUCACCCAGGCCCUGCUGUCCACGGACAAGGACGAGACCUCCAAGGAGAUGCAGGCUGCUUUCCCCAAAGAGACCGAGGAGCUGAAGCAGAGGACGCUCACCUCCCUGCUGGAGAAGGUGGAGGGAGCUAAGACCAUCAUGGACACCCCGGGGAGGCACCUUGUCUACAACGGAGACCUGGUUGAGUUUGACGUGGACAACAUGUCCCCCAUCCAGAAGGUGCACGCUUUCCUCAUGAACGACUGCCUGCUGAUCGCCACCUGGCUGCCCAACCGCAGAGGCACCGUGAAGUACAAGUACAACGCCCUGUACGACCUGGAGAGCUUCGCCGUGAUCAACGUGAAAGACAACCCCCCCAUGAAGGACAUGUUCAAGAUCCUCAUGUUCCCCGACAGCCGCAUCUUCCAGGCGGAGAACAGCAAGGUCAAGAAGGAGUGGCUGGAGAUCCUGGACGAAACCAAGAAGAGCAAGGUCACCAAGGAGCGGCACAAGAAAGAGGAGGAGGUCCCGAUCUCACCUGUGAGAGCAGAGGUGUCCACCAACCCUUUCGACGAGGACGAGCCAGUGGACGCCCAAGAAGGCGUGGACCUCAGCCCGGAGUGGAUCCAGGAGUUGCCCGAGGAUCUGGACGUCUGCAUCGCCCAGAGAGACUUCGAGGGCGCCGUGGACCUGCUGGACAAACUCAACGAGUAUCUCAAAGACGAGCCGGUCACCCAGAAGGUCAAAGACCUCAGGCUGACGGUGGAGGAGCGUGUGCGGCAGCUGACGGAGGUCCUGGUGUUCGAGUUGUCUCCGGAUCGUUCACUUCGCGGAGGACCUAAAGCCACAAGACGGGCUGUGUCCCAGCUGAUCAGACUAGGCCAGUCCACAAAAGCCUGCGAGCUGUUUCUGAAGAACCGUGCUGCCGCGGUGCAGACGGCCAUACGGCAGCUUCGCAUCGAGGGGGCCACGCUGCUCUACAUCCACAAACUCUGCAACAUCUUCUUCACCAGCUUGCUGGAGACGGCCAAGGAGUUUGAGAUGGAUUUUGCAGGAAACACAGGCUGCUACUCUGCCUUCGUGGUCUGGUCCAAAUCGGCCAUGAGGAUGUUCGUGGACGCCUUCAGCAAACAGGUGUUUGACAGUAAGGAGAGCCUGUCAACGGCAGCGGAGUGUGUGAAAGUGGCUAAAGAACACUGUCAGCAGCUGACAGAGAUCGGCCUGGACCUGACCUUCACCUUGCAGUCGCUGCUGGUCAAAGACAUCAAGGCGGCGCUGCAGAGCUACAACGACAUCAUCAUCGAAGCCACCAAGCACCGAAACUCCGAGGAGAUGUGGAGGAGGAUGAACCUCAUGACCCCCGAGGCUCUGACUAAACUCAAGGACGAGAUGCGCAGCUGCGGCAUUGGCAGCUUCGAGCAGUACACUGGUGACGGCUGCUGGGUGAACCUGAGCUACACCAUCGUGGCCUUCACCAAGCAGAUGAUGAGCUUCCUGGAGGAAGGACUGAAGCUCUACUUCCCCGAGCUGCACAUGGUGCUGCUGGAGAGCCUGAGGGAGAUCAUCCUGGUGGCCGUGCAGCACGUGGACUACAGCCUCCGCUGCGAGCAGGACCCCGAGAAGAAGGCCUUCGUCCUGCAGAACGCCACCUUCCUCCACGACACGGUGCUGCCCGUGGUGGAGCGGAGGUUCGAGGAGGGCGUGGGCAAACCGGCCAAACAGCUGCAGGACCUGAGGAAAAGCACGAGGCCGGUUCGCAUCAACCCAGAGAGCACCACGUCGGUGGUCUGAGACUGAUCCCAGCUUCUUUAGGACAUUUCAACAAAAGUGAGAAACUGCAAUAAAGCUGUUGCCGAACGUGGCAGUACUUUCAGCUGGACGUCGGUUGUUUUGCGACAGGACACGGAUAAAACAUGAAUCCUAGGAAACGUAAGUAUGUGAGAAAAGAUACUUCGGAGUCCCAUAAAAAUACUUAUUGAAAUUGGCUAAUAGUGAAAAGUAAAAUGAUCUAUAUGCUGUGCAGUUUUUUGGGCACGUUGUGACCCAGUGUUCUCUGAAAUAAGGUAACACAAUUUUUUUUUUUUCGUGGAGUAUCUGAGUACUCCAGCUGUUAGAAAGUGAAAAUGUUGUGAUGUUUGAUCCUCUCACAUCAUUAUUGUUCAGGCUACUGGAUCGUUAUCAGGCACCAAAUAGUAUCCUGACAUACUAGGACUGAUUCAAAAGGGAUGACUGAAAAGAACAUGCACUGGUAAAUGUUCACUGCUUUACUGUAAAAAGUCCAAAUUGUUUGUUUGACAGUAACAUAAGAAAUCUAUUAAAAACCAUAAUGCACAAA